AAAAGGUUUGGGCUACCUGACUAUUAUGGCACCAAGAAAUCUCUUGUAUAUGGCACCGAGUAACUUUCUCCUUGGCUCAAGAUUUUGGAUGACUCAAUUUUCAACAGAAAUCCUGUUCAAAUCAGUUUCAUUUAGGCUUUUUGGUGUCAAGUGCAAUAAUACAGAGUCUUUGGAGAAGGUUGAUCUACUGAACAACUUACUUACUAUGGGAGUAGAUAUUGACAUGGCAAAGAAACGACAGCCUGGAGUUUUUAACAGGAUGAUUACUAAUGAGCAGGACCUGCAGAUGUUCCUUCUGUCCAAAGGAGCUAGCAAAAAAGUGAUUGCUAGCAUCAUAUCAAGAUAUCCACGAGCUAUAACACGCACACCUGAAAGUCUUUCAAAACGAUGGGAUCUGUGGAGAAAGAUUAUGGCAUCAGACCUUGAAAUUGUAAAUAUUUUGGAACGUUCUCCAGAAUCCUUUUUUCGGUCCAAUAACAACCUAAACUUAGAGGAAAAUAUAAAGUUCCUCUACUCAGUUGGAUUGACCCGUAAAUGCCUUUGCCGAUUGUUGACCAAUGCUCCACGUACCUUCUCCAAUAGUCUUGAUCUGAAUAAACAGAUGGUUGAACUUUUACAAGCAGUCUGUUUAUCCUUGGGCCACAAAGAUCCUGCAAAAUUUGUCAGAAAGAUAAUUUUAAAAAAUCCUUUUAUCUUAAUUCAGAGCACCAAACGGGUGAAAGCAAACAUUGAGUUUUUACAGUCAACUUUCAACUUGAACAGUGAGGAGCUGCUGGCUCUCAUAUCUGGCCCAGGAGCUGAAAUCCUAGACCUUUCCAAUGACUAUGCCAAAAGAAACUACACAAAUAUCAAAGAGAAACUGUUUUCUCUUGGGUGUACUGAAGAAGAGGUACAGAAAUUUGUCUUAAGCUAUCCUGAUGUGAUCUUCUUGGCAGAGAAGAAGUUUAAUGAUAAAAUAGACUGCCUCAUACAAGAAAAAAUUAGCAUUUCACAAAUAAUUGAAAGUCCUCGUGUUCUGGACUCAAGCUUAAGUACUUUAAAAAAUAGAAUCAAAGAAUUGAUAAAUGCUGGCUAUAACUUGAGUACAUCUAGUAUCACUCUUCUGUCUUGGAGUCUAAAAAGAUACAAAGCUAAAUUAAGAAAGUUAAAUGGCUAG